AUGGCAGACCAGACCCUUCUUACGAGGACGACGCAACGCGAAGACACCCCGAACGACAACUCUCAGAAGUUCCAACACAUGAAGACAGUAUCCAGUCUUGCAGACGGACACCGCUACGCACUGAAGUACUUCCCCGAAGAGCUGCAAGCCCUGCUGAACAUAGCUUCACUCAAGCUCGACGAACGUGUCCCCGGUCACUUCGGCGCGAUCUUAGGAUGGCAGAAAGAUUCCAAAGCGGCGUCUCAACACCCACAGGUGACGAUGAAACCCUUAGAAAUUCUCUGGGAUCUGGAACACCGUACUAUAGUACUGUCCGAUUCGUUUCCAUUUAGUAGGAGUACUUGGAAGGUCGUUGACAUUGAUGGCGAGGAAGCACUACCAGUAUUGCGACGUGGCUACGAUCUCGUACCGCCAUUCUCCACGAUUCUCACAGUAGUUGACCAUGAGCACUUGGUCAUGCUUGAGGUGUUCUUCCGCUAUAGUCUCCUGAUGCAAGGCUUCGACGAUGCAAUUGAAGGGUUCAAGAACGAGUUCUGGCUUUGCUUCGAGAAGCUUUGUCGCCAUGUCGCGGAGCAAGCUUCGGCAGCCGGUGCGCAAGAAAAGGAGGACGAUACGGAUUUAUCCGAGAAGACUGUACCGUCUACACCUGCUCAGACAACAAACGCAAAGCUUGAUACCCUCACCAGCGAAGUCGAUACCAGCGAGCAUGUACACCAAGAAAGCAGUACAGCGCCGGAGACCAAGGAGGAAAAGGUGGAGGCUACCGGUGAUGAUAUUGAGAAACAGCUCGCAAAAGCGCAUGAGGAAGCAGCUGGAUGGAAAAAGGCCUAUGAGGGUGAGAAGAACUUCGUAGCAAAACUAAAGUUUGUGAUACGUAAGCACGUGGCAAGAUAUGAUGAGCUUAAAGCCAAGCUCAAAGAGCGAGAAGGGGAUGUGGAAGAGUGGAAAGAGGUGUAUGAGGCCUUGCUCAAAGAGACCCGAGAGGCUUAA